AUGCACCUAUCCGAGUGUGGCUCCUCCACCUCUUUCGAGGUAAUGCCUGUCCCAAUUCUCACAGAGCAUGAUGAAGGGAUCGCUGGAAUACAGGAGCGCUUAGAUCAUCUUUAUGGCCUGGUAUCCGUACGGCUUAUUGGCCAAGAAGCUAGAAUAUUUGAAAGGCCUCCUGGAUACCUUCCCGAAUUGCCACCAUUACGGGACUAUCCACUCGACGAAUCUAUCAUUAGCCGACAAUGGAGAAAGGAAUUCCCGUUUAUGACAAUCCAGACCCCGUCGAUGAUGUGCUUGCUCGACCUCAAUCCUAGGCUUGCGGCUCAGCUGGUAGCCAAGGAGAGAACUGAUAUUUCUGCGUUGUCUGCUCCAAAUGAAGCGCUUGACCUCGAAUUUCAAUAUGAGGAUGCAAUAAGGGUGUUCGGGGCUUUCUAUGAUAAGAUGCAUCAUUGGUACCCUAUUUUUUCGUCAGAAACCUUUGACUUUUAUCUUGAGAAGCUUAGCAGCCCACUUAAUCCAUCGUCGGAUGCUUGUCUUUUGCUGCUCGUGUGUGCCGUUGGCUCUAUCGCACAAUGCCCAUCACUUACAUCAGCCUACGACACACGACCUGACUCCCGAUAUAUCAGCAGAGCCCUUUGCAUGCUUCCUAAUGUGCAUUUUGAGUUUAGUUUGGCGAGCGUCCAGUGCCUCGUUCUUCUAAGUGUAUACUAUUGCUUUAUAGCAAAACCAUGCCAGGCUCAUGAUUACAUUCUCAUGGCGUCCUCGAAGGCCCAAGCCAUACUCAAGUGUCGACUUUUUGAGGAUGAUGAAAGGCAGAGCGAUAUUCUUAGACGAUCAUUUUGGUCGAUACUCCUUAUUGAAAGCGACCUUUCAUACCACAUUGAUAUGCCUGAAAGCAAUAUAUGGAAAUUUGACGAUCGUAUCCUCCUCCCAGGAGUACAGACCUCUUGGCAGCCAUGUCGCGAGGACCAGCGGAAAUUACUAUACAGCAUGCGACCUACCCAAAGCUUUGGAAUGCCCUCGGACACUCUUAAGGCCUACUUUCUAGCCCAAAUUGCCAUGUGCCGCAUGAUUCGCCGCUGCACCACCUCCGUAAUAGUUUCCCAAGGCCAAGAGCGCUAUUCUCCAGUCGUCGCCAUGGAGCUCACAUACCAACUUGAUACCUGGCACAGUCACCUUCCUUCAAGUAUACGUUUUGGGCACCAUGAUGUGACCGUACCACCUCCUGACAAUUUUGUUCAGAAUCUGAGCUCUUCCCCGACUUCGAGUGUCAUGGCUAUGACUGGAUUUCUCCAGAUGCAAUAUUACCUAUGUUUGGCAGGUAUUUAUUGGCCAGCAGUUCACAGUGUCAUCAGCACCGAAAAAUUAGAAGCAGCACCAAUAGCUCACUGUGGACGGUUUUUCGAGUCUUACUUCGGUUUCGUCAUAACCGCGGCAUCACUGGUACCUAACUGUCCACAUAACCCCUGGAGCAUUUAUGCUAAUCUUUUUAUUACAACCAUGGCAUGCUUCAAAGGAGCAAAUGAUCCAUGCCUUCGAUCAAUGAUUCGGCCGGGUGUAAGGCGCUGCUUUGCGAUUGCCGCAGAGCUGUUUAAGAUUGGAGAUGCAGCUAAAAUUAGCCCGGCAAUAGGUAAGUUAGGAUUAAUAUUAAGAGAGCGUGUUUUAGGGUCAUAUUAAAUAAAUAAAUGGGACUAUGUAUUGUCAAGGUUGUCAGGGCAGCGGUUUUAAAUGUUGUCUACAUUUAGAGUUUCUAGUAGCAAAAUUUCUAAGAG